UCUCUGUGUCUCUGCUAUUAGAAAAGACGCUGUGAAGAAGCCUGAGCGUAAACAUGGCUUUACACCACACAGACCAAGUCGAAGCGGGAUGUUGCACGGUUGAACCCGCCCACGUUUUUCUCGUCAUCAGUGAGCGUCCACGCACUCAGCACCACUGAUCGUUAAAGCUAUGCCUCGAACUAAGACCUGCGCAGUUGCUCAACGACAUGAUGUGUAGAUCUGCGAUGGCGCGUGCACAAGAGCACGACAUUUGUGACAAGAAACAAUACAUCCACAUCUUCUCUGCACGAUGGCUGACUGACUGUCUUUGGGAUUUUGGGGACGAUACGAGCGGCUGCUUUUGCCAAAUCCAGAUGUUUCUCCUUAAGAAGUGAUGUUGCACACGACGGGAAAAGUGAUGUGCAGAAGUUUUUCUUUAUUGUUUCAGCCACGAGGACCCCGAUGAUAAACACUGGGUCAGUCACUGUGCAGCGCUUUGACGAGGACGCAGACGGUUCAUGAGCGAGACAUAUUGCCUUUCAGGUGCUUUUACGCGCAGCCGCCGCCGUGGAGGAAAAACCGAAAGUAUAACGGCGUGAAGUCACUAAGAGAGGCAUGGUGGCAGAGAUGGCCAGCUGCGGAGCGGCUUGUCACCUGGAGGACGGGGAUGGAGAUAUCCCCGCGCCCGAAAACAAAGAUCAUCUGACAGAAAGUGACAGCAGUAGUUCAGAGAACACAGGAACAUCCACGGAGGAGAGCUCAGAGGAGGAUGAAGAGGAGGAUGAUGAACGCUCUGCUGAGAAUGAUGGAGGUGAACCAGAAACUGAAGACGGCGAGGCAGAGGAGUCUCAAAGGGAGCCAGCCGAUGGAGCUGAAGCAAGGGUUUUAAAUGGGAAAGAUGAGAGGUUUAAAUCAUGCUGUGAAAAAUGCAAAGCCAUCCAACAGAGCCAUGGCAAUGAGCUCGUCACCCCCAGGAGGAUCUCAAAGGGACGAUUACAGGUGCAGCUGGAAGGCGAGGGAACGUACGAGUGCUCGGUCACCGGCCUGGUGUUCGAAGCCUCGGAGCGGGUCCUCGUGAGGUACUCGGUCUUGUCCUGGUCCAAGUUUGGCGCCUUCCUCCGCGACUCCUGGAAGUUUGCAGGACCCAUCUUUAACGUCGACACGGUCAACAAGGAUGCGUCCGUCAUCAAGUCCAUCCAGUUCCCUCACUCUGUCUGCCUCGCUGAUCCAGAAAAUGAGAUGACUUUCAGCGUCCUGCACAUAAAGAACAACCUUCCACUUAUUGAGCCGACAGUGGACCACUCAGGUAGCCAUGUGAAAUGGAACGUUACGUCCUUGUCCCCCGUGGGUCCCAUCAUUCAGACGAGCCAGCCUGUGGAGCACCACGGGGUGGUCCUGGUCUACAAGCAGCUAGGCAGCGACUGCAACAACUACAGCUUCCACAUCUACCUUGCCACCAACAGCAAAUCAGACAUCACCGAUGUGUCCAAACAAGUGCGGAGCUACAAGAAAAGUUACACACAGAUAGAGAAGCCGCCCACGUGUAAACUGGAUGAGAGGACGUAUCGUCUCCUGAGUGAGCCAGAGGGAGACAUCAAACCUCAGGAUUUGAAGUUCACCCUGGCAGUGACAAAAAUGAAAGGCUACUUUGAAGCUUUCUUUGAGCAGCCGCCUCCGUUUAGAUUGUCUCUUAUAGAGACUGAGUCCGAUGAGACAGUGUGGUCCGCCACCAUCAGAGAAGGUGAUUGUGUGAAUAAUACAGAAAAGAGGCCACGGAAGAGGACAAGCAGCAGACAGAGGAGCAGCAGCCCCUCAGAAGAAGAAACAACCAUCAAAAGGCCUCGGUGGCAGGAUGAGUCUGAUGGAGUGAAGACAGCGACUCAGUGCCAGGACAUGUCAGAGAAGCAGCUCCUGCAGGUGGCCAAGCGGCUUGGGAAGGAAUGGAAGCAGGUGGCCAUCUAUCUGGACUUGAACUCCAGAGACCUGGACGACAUCCAGGCAGCGGAGAAAAGUGAUGUGACAAUGCAGAAGCUGAAGAUGCUGGUGGAGUGGAAGAGCAGGAGGCGGCCGGGAGAGGCUACGGCGAAACACCUGUGGAACAGCGUGGAGGACCUGGACGACUUGCCAAACGAGGUCUGCCAGACACUGCAAGAUAUGAUGAACAACCAAGCAGCGAAGUGAAAAAGGGAUUUGACUUAAGUGGACUGAUCUGCUCCUCUGGGCAUCACAGAGGAGAAAUGAUCUCAGGGAUACAGCGACGCAGAGUUGACCGCUGGACCAAACAACAGCUCCUCCCUUACUUUGUUCCUCUUUUGGGCAUUUUUUUUGUAUUUCUGCAUUUCAUGAAAAGGGGCUCUGUCAUUAAGGCAUUUUCCUUAAUUUAGUUCAAAAGUGGUCCUUCGAUUGUAAAACAGAAUAGACGAGCUGUAGCUAAAGGCAUUUUUGUGUAGCCAGAAUUUGAUGCGGAGCACUAUGAGGUUCUAAACUGACCAGUAGAGGUAGAGGUUUUUCAGGUAAAGGUCACUAAGAUAUUUAGCAGCUAAUUGUGUAGAUAGUAACUGAUAUAAAUGUAGGUGCUGCAGUGUCUGAACUGCAAAAAUCAGGAAAAAUCCAACCUGUUUAUCUUGUUUCACUUUACUUGCAACAUUUCUGGAGUUUUUAUAAAAUGAUUAGGCAUUACAUCACAUGAACAUACAUGUGACUGUCCAAGGCAUUGAUAGACUGCAUAUAUAGAUGGACAACGUGUCUCCACUUCCUCCCACUAUCCUGAAAUCAAGCUUAAAUAUUAAUUUAAGCUUAAUUUGUGAAGCGGAGGGUGUGAAGCGAUGCUAAUAAGGUCUCGCAGAUACACUUUCCCAACCAAUCGUCGGUCUCAGCAUGACGUUUCCGCUAGUUUUAUAACACCUUAUAAUAAUUAUUUAAUGUGUUCUUUGACUUCUUACUUUACUCCAUGUCCCAUCCACUAACAUGGAGGAGGCUGGGUCAAGACCUAUUAUUUCAGCCACCAGGUGGCGAUCGAGACACUUGGCUUCACUGUUUGGCAGCUGUCAUGUUGUCCAUCUUUAUUCUCUUGUCCAAAGCAUUGCGGACUGAAUUACUGAACUAGUUGUUGUCUCAUACAUUUUUAUAUUUGUGCGGAUGUGUCCUGUACAUAUCUUUGUUUUUUUACCAACUUUUUUAAACCUGUGAUUUAUUUUGUAAGUCUACUGUGUCUGUUUUUCUUCUGUUCAUGUUGUAUUUGACAAAUCUGAACCUGUAAAACUCAAUGGAGUUGAGAGAAAGGUUAAUUAUUAUUCUUUAAAGUUGAACUAUGAAACUGUUCCUGCCUUCCUGAGACUCAGACUCACUGUAUUCUACUGUGAGUUUAGGCCAGGCAACAUUCCUUCACUUUGAAUCUACUUUUCUAGGCUCAUUUCAUAUGUAGAAAUGAAAACUAAGCACAAAAAUACCUAAACAUAUCUCAGUUAAAUUUUCUCAAUAUUCAGUGAAAAACAUUGGUUACACCCUUCCUGACAUCUCAAUGCUAUUUUGGAAGAACUGCAGAUUUUGCAUCUGUAAUGCUGAUAUUAUGUAACAAUAUUUACAUCCAGAAAACGGGGUUAACACCAGUAAUCAAAUCAAUAUCAGGUCUGUGUCCAUUUAAAUACUUUUGAAAUGAAGUUGAAGACUCAAUAAAACAAGAUAAGCUUUUCCUUCAUUUUUCCUUCAGCCAGUGUGCUUAUUUUGCCACUCGUAUCUGUUAGCAGGAUUAAGCAAAAACCAUUCAACUGAUUCAUGAAUGUUUGUAGGGGGUGUGGAACUUGACCCAAGGACAAAAUUUUGGUGAGGCUCCAGAUCCGGGGUGAAUCCAGGACAUUUUUGUCUUGCAAGAUAGUCCUUUUUUUUUUUACAUUUCUAUUGAUUUCUCAGAUAAAAA